AUGUCUGUCAAGUCUGCUCUACUCUUUGCCAGUGCGGCCCUCGCACACACCCUUCACAGCCGCGAGACCACAUUUGCCUGCGGAACUCCCGAUCCCACAGACGAGCACAUCGCUAUUGCCCACAACUUCUCCAUCAAGGAGGCUGCUGCCGCCAAGGCUGGCCUAGUUGCCAGGCAGGACAUUUUCGUCAACGUCUACCUCCACAGCGUUUCCGCCAGCCAGGGAGGUCUGCUUACUGGCGAUGCUCUACAGAGGCAGUUCGACGUACUGGCGUCGACAUACGCUGCGUACGGCAUCACCAUGUCGCUUGCCGGCACCGACGGCACCGUCAACUCCGGCUGGGCAUCUGACGGCGACGAAUACGGCAUGAAGUCUGCCCUCCGCAAAGGCUCGUACUCCGACCUCAACCUCUACUUCCUCGACAGCCUCAGUGGUGGCAGCCUGGGCUACUGCUACUUCCCCCAGUAUGCCCCUCAGGGUUCCGACGCCUUCGUCCUCGACGGCUGCGCCAUCCAGGCCUCCACCAUCCCUGGAGGGUCCGCCAGCGGCUUCAACGAAGGAUUGACGGCCGUUCAUGAGACGGGUCACUGGCUGGGCCUCUUCCACACCUUCCAGGGCGGCUGUGACGGCGCCGGCGACGAGGUUGCCGAUACUCCUGCCCAGGCCAGCGCCUCGUCCGGAUGCCCCACCGGUCGUGACUCUUGCCCCAACAGCCCUGGCGAGGAUCCCAUCCACAACUACAUGGACUACUCUCAGGACUCUUGCUACAACAGCUUCACCGAUGGCCAGAGGGCUCGCAUGGACAGUUCCUGGAGCCAGUUCCGCGGCUAA